AUGGAGACCGUCUCCGGCUCCUCCUUCGUCUCCGACUCCGACUCCGACUCGGACUCCGGCGCCUCCUACGUCUCCGCCACCCCUCCCCGUCACUCCGCUCCUCCUCCUCCUCAUCCCAAAUCUAGGGUUUCUACCGCUCCCUCCGCCCCCAGAUCCAAAUCCAACCCCAAACCCAACCCCAAGCCAAAACCCGAAUCAAACGCUAAGACCUCGUCCUCCUCUCCGUCGCCCUUCCCCUCCGCCGACCUCUCGAACCCCCACCGCCUCUCCGUCAACCUCCACCGCCCUACCGCCCCCGCCGCAGCCGCCUCCUUCUCCCGCCUCGUUCGAUCCCGGAGGCCUUCCUUCGAUCCCUCCGACUUCGAGAAUCGCAACACCGACGGCGCGGACGAUCGUAACAGGCCGGCGGAGAUUGUUGGGCUUCAUUCGAAGCUGAAAACAAUUCACCCUACUUGUGUUGGUUUACAAGGACAAGCUUUUGAUACGGAUCGGAGUAGGCCGGCGGCGAAGCUCAAAAGAAUCCACCCUAAUUCGAUUGUUGUAGACCUUCCUGUGGCGGAGCCGCCGAGGCAGCGGCCGAAAUGCCAAGGCGAGGGUAACUUCGUUCGGCUGAAUAUCAACGGGUAUGGGCGUCGACACACCUACAAGAGUGGUAGGGGAAAGCAUUCGACGUACUCGCGAUAUCGGAGAUGGAGAAAGAAGGCGAAGGAUUCGGGAGCUAAGGUUGGGGCUUCCGAUGAUGACGGGGAAGGUAAUUUGGAUUCGGAUGCAUUUUCGAACGAUAGCAAGAAGUCGAAAUAUAGAAGUGAGUUGCUCGAUGAGGCUGUUAUAGCGGCUCGAGAGGACCCGUCCGAUGGGAAUCUUACGAAUUUGCUGAAGCUGACUCAUCGGUAUGAUUCGUUCCGCGAGGGGCAGUUGGAGGCAAUCAAGAAGGUGAUUCGCAGGGAGUCGACUAUGCUGGUACUACCGACUGGCGCUGGGAAGUCGCUCUGUUAUCAGCUGCCUGCUCUUAUUCUACCCGGAUUGACAUUGGUAGUGAGUCCUUUAUUGGCCUUGAUGGCGGAUCAACUAAAGAAACUGCCUCCCGUUUUAUCGGGCGGUCUGCUUUCCAGCAAUCAGACAAGUGAAGAGUCUUUUGCAACCUUGCACCGGCUUCGUGGAGGCGAAAUCAAGGUGCUUUUUGUUUCCCCGGAGAGAUUUCUAAAUGCAGAGUUUCUCUCAAUAUUCAAUGAUGUCUUGCCUAUAUCGCUUGUAGUGAUUGAUGAAGCUCAUUGCAUUUCUGAAUGGUCUCAUAACUUUAGACCUUCAUAUUUGAGGCUGAGAGCGUCACUGCUUCGACGGAAGCUUAAUGUUGAAUGUCUCCUUGCAAUGACAGCAACUGCAACUACUAAAACUCUAGAGGACAUCAUGCGUGCUUUAGAGAUUGCACCUACUAAUCUUAUCCAGAAAUGCCAUAUAAGGGAAAACUUACAGCUCUUUGUAAGCUUGAGUGAUAAUAGAUUGAAGGAUUUAAUACUAUUGUUGACGUCUUCUCCUUAUGUUGGUAUGCGAAGCAUUAUUGUGUAUUGCAAGUUCCAGGCUGAAACAGACAUUGUCUGCAAGUAUCUCUGCGAUAAUAAUAUCCCUGCCAAGGCUUACCACAGUGGCAUUCCUGCAAAGAAUAGGAGCAGCAUACAGGGGCUCUUCUGCUCGAACAAAAUUAGAGCGAUUGUAGCAACUGUGGCAUUUGGCAUGGGUCUUGAUAAGGGUGAUGUCGAAGGGGUAAUUCACUACAGCUUGCCGGAAAGCUUGGAAGAAUAUGUUCAGGAAACUGGACGAGCUGGAAGGGAUGGCAGACUAUCUUAUUGCCACCUACUCCUUGAUAAAACAACUUAUAGUAAGAUUCGAAGUCUUUUGUACAGUGAUGGUGUAGAUGAAUAUGCAAUAAGCAAAUUUCUCUGCCAAAUUUUCUCAAGUGAUGUACACUCAACUGGGGGAAUUUGCUCAUUGGUAAAAGAAUCUACAGCUCGGAAGUUUGAUAUUAAAGAAGAGGUGCUUUCAACAAUCCUUACACUGCUGGAAAUAGGUGAUCAGCAAUACCUUUGCUUGCUUCCGCAGCUCAAUGUUACAUGUACAAUGUACUUUCACAAGACAUCCCCGACAUUGCUUUCUGAGAAGAACCUUGUAGUUGCAUCAAUUCUAAAAAAUUGCAAGAUGGGGAUGAAAGAUGGUAAUUAUGUGUUUGACAUACCAGCAGUAGCAAAUAGCCUAAGAACAGACACUUCUGAAGUGCUGAAUCAGCUGCAUGACCUGAAGUCUUUAGGGGAAAUAACGUAUGAGUUGAAAGAUCCGGCCUUCUCCUUCAUGAUUGUGAAGAAGCCAGAUGAUCUUUGUGCCCUUUCAGGCAAUCUGACAAAGUGGUUAUCUGAAGUUGAGAAAUCAAAGGUCCAAAAAUUAGAUGCAAUGUUCAGUGUUACCUCCGUUGCUGCAAGCGAGUGUAAAAGAAUUCAUGGGUGCUCUGGUUCCCACCACACACCUUGCAUCCAGAGAAAGAUCAUGGACUACUUCUGCCAGACACAUAACAUCUUAGAUGAUGAUUUUCAUACUAAUAACUCUGGAAGCAGCCCAUAUUUGCGCGCAGAUAUUAAGGUGUUUCUACAAAGUAAUUCCUUUUCAAAGUUCACCCCAAGAGCUGUUGCAAGGAUCAUGCAUGGCAUCUCUAGCCCGGCUUUUCCCUCUUUGACUUGGUCCAAAAGUCAUUUCUGGGGACGUUAUGUGGAGAUUGAUUUUCCAGUUGUCAUGGAAGCUGCGAAGGUUGAGCUUAUGAACUUCGUUAAGAAAGGUGGAGAAUAAAUGGGAGGCAAAGGAUAGGAUAUCCAUUUGGGGUUGUCUGCUGGUGGGCGCCGCAGGACACCUAGCAGUGGGUGCCACGGGGUGCAUUCCGUGCACUUACAUCGGAUGCAUCACAUAUUUAUAAAUUUUUUAUUUUUAUUUUUUUUGGUCAAUUUGCAUAAAAAAUUUAUUAGUUUUGAAAUUUUG